CCUCUCUCUCCCAGUCUUUCUCUGCGUCUCUCUACCUCUCUCUCUCUCUCUGAACCGCUCUGCUUUUUUUUCUCCUCUGCCUUUCCUCAGCAUCCCCCCUCUCAGAGAUGGCGUGUGUCGGUGCUGCUCGGGCGGCCGGGGCCUAACGUGCACACGGAGAGGAGGACCCCCUCCAUCCCCCGAUUUGCUGCAUAUUCCUCGGGUGUCUCUUCUCACUGUGUCCUCCACUGCUGCUGCUGCCUUUAAGCUCUUUCCCCCCAUCCCACCUCCCUGUGCGGGUGUCUGGGAGUCGGGCCCUUGGGGGUGGAGGGAAUCAACAUCGUGCUUCGCUGGGGAGCUGUGCAGAAUUAGCUAUGCCCUGCCCAGGCAUCCUUUGACCGGCUGGAUUUCUCAGUUUCUGUCCGCCUGCAACAUAGGAUGAACAUCUGCAGUCAUGAUGCAAGGACUGAAAAAACGAACCAGGAAAGUCCUGGGCUUAGGAAAGAGAGACAAGGAAACAGAUGCAGCGAGUUCACCUGACAAAGAAGGAGCUGGAAGCGGAAAGAAAGGAAAUAAAAAGGCCAAUGGAGCCCCGAAUGGUUUCUAUGGGGAGAUUGACUGGGACAGAUAUGCCACUCCUGACGUGGACGAGGAGGGCUUCAGCCUCCGGCCCGGCGAGGAGGGCGAUGCAGCUUCCAAAGCAAAGCACUUUUUCUCCUCCAGCGACUCCGAGGACGACGAGGACAGCAAGAAGAAGUUCAAAAUCAAGAUUAAGCCGCUGGUGGCGGACAGUGCCAAGUGUGUCCCUCCAUCUAUGGACGAGCUGAAAGCCUCAGUGGGCGGCCUGGCACUUUCUCCAUCUCUGAAGAGAAGUCCGAGACGCAGCCCGGGGCUGAUAAAAAGGAAUUUGUCCUGUGAAGAGAUUGCCAGACCCAGACGCUCCACCCCAACACCAAGUCCUGCCCCUGAUACGCCAAGUGACAGGCUGUCGCAGAACGUUCCUGCCUUUUUUGGGCUGCCUUCAGAGACCAAAUACGCCAGAUAUGAUGUGGUCCCUGCUGAUGUGUGGGGAGACUCGAGACCACGCUCAGAAUCACCGCUGAGCAGAAGUUUCCCAACAGGAGCUCCUCCUCCGCUUCCUCCAAAAAACAUUCCAUCAAGAAGUCAUUAUGGCUAUUCUUCAGACUCUGGGGCUGAUCUACCCAAUGGAAGGGCAGCUCGCAGGUCUGCCCCCAUCUACCUGAACGUCCUGUCCCCGGCCUCCUACCGAGGCUCCCCGACCCCUGACCUGGACGACGUGUUCGGCCCCGCGGACGGCACCCGCGCCAGCGAGGAAACAUUGUCUCCCAGAUGGGUUACUUUCACCAGCGACAGACCCCCGCCGCCUGAUGAGCCCGCUCCCCCUCCGCCACCGGACUCUCCUCCUCCAGACACGCCAUCGUCCACGCCCUCCACCCCCUGCCUCUCUCCAGGACCGCCGCCAAACGAGCCCCCGCCUUCGCCUCCGCCGUUUUCUCCCGGGUCUCCUCCUCCUUUCACGCCGCCAGAAUCACCCCCUUCCAUCGUGCUCGGACCUCCUCCUCCGGACGAACCGGCCCCUCCCCUGCCUCCUAACUUCUCCCCCUCUAUUUCACCGCCUAUGUGCUUCGACGACGAGGCCAUCGAUGAGGAGGUGCUGCAGUUUGCGGCGUACUGUCCUUCCCCUGCCCCCAUGAGCCCCGUGCCCCCUCUGCCAGCGGAGCGGAGGUCCCCUCGGGUAGGAGUCACGUCCCCUCGGGUAGGAGUCACGUCCCCUCAGGUAGGAGUCACGUCUCCCCUGGUCUUGGCGGGCGUGGGGGGAAAGAGGACUCCAGAGGGAGCAUACCUGAGAGAUGAUAUCCCAGACUUUGUGGGUUCACCCAGAGAGCUGACCCCGAGCUUCAGGGGCACGCCACCUCCUCUCCCUCCGACCACCUACAGGUCUAUCAUGUCUUCCCCGGGGCCCUGCCCAGGCAGCAGCCCCUCGUCCCCAGCUCGUCCCGCCACGCCUCAGUCUCGAGGCAGUCCGGUCCCUCCGCCUCCUCCUCCUCGACCGUCCUCGCGACCAAAGCUGCCCCCGGGGAAACCAAUCACAGACCUGAAUCGGCCCUUCAGUCCGCCGGUUUCAGGCAGCCCCCCACCUUUCGCUCCCUUGGCCCGAGCAGAGAGCUCUUCCUCCAUCUCCUCCAUCACCUUACAUAGUGCAGCGUCCACUCCAACCUUAGGAAGGGACCUCAACAUUUCCACAGGAUGCUCCAGAGGACCCAGUCCGCUCACCAUGGGACCCCAGGACACUCUGCCAGUGGCCGCUGCCUUCACAGAAACCAUCAAUGCCUACUUCAAAGGCGCAGACCCCAGCAAAUGUGUUGUGAAGAUCACAGGGGAGAUGGUGCUGUCCUUCCCCGCCGGCAUAACCAGGCAUUUUGCCAGCCACCCAACUCAACCCAUCCUCACCUUUUGCAUCAGCAACUACAGCCGAUUGGAGCAGGUCCUCCCCAACCCACAGCUGUUGUGCUGUGAUUCCACACCAGACAGUGCAGACACCAGGGAGUUCUGGGUAAAUAUGCCAAACUUGAUGAGCCAUUUGAAAAAAGUGGCUGAACAGAAGCCUCAGGCGACGUACUACAACGUGGACAUGAUCAAAUAUCAGGUGUCGGCAGACGGGAUCCAGUCCACUCCUCUGAACCUGGCGGUGAGCUGGCGAGGCGACGCCAUCAACACCGACCUUAGAAUAGACUACAAAUACAACACAGAGGCCAUGGCCGCACCCGUGCCACUGCACAACAUCAACUUCCUGGUUCCUGUGGAUGGAGGCAUGGCCAAACUCCAGGCCAUGAUCCCCCCCGGCACCUGGAACCCAGAGCAGCAGACGAUACAAUGGAAAAUCCCCAGUCUCUCUCAUAGAUCUGAAAAUGGAGGAGUAGGGGCUCUUCUGGGCCGGUUCCAGAUGAAAGAAGGUCCCUGUAAACCCUCACAGCUGGCAGUCCAGUUCAGCAGUGAGGGAUGCACUCUGUCGGGGUGCGACAUCCAGCUGGUUGGGACCGGCUACCGGCUAUCGCUGAUCAAGAAAAGAUUUGCUGCAGGGAAAUAUUUGGCGGAUAAUUAGUGGACCUGUUUGUGAACGGAACCAAAAGAAUCAAUGGCUUUUGACUGUGAAGACUAUGGAUCCAUCCCAUGUUUAGUGCAUUUGAAACUUCAUCUUUAGCAACCAUCAGAAAUAAUGGUUGAGGUUUAAACAGAAUAACAGAUGAUAUUUGACUUCAUAACAUCAUAUUCAGUAGACCGACUGCUGCUGAGUUUAUGCAAGUAAAUACAAACGAUUAGUUUUGUGCACUUGGAACACUUAUGGGCUUACAUGGAGUAAAACAUAGGGAAACCCUGAUUCUUUGUUCUUGUUGACAUAAUUGUGGAUUCAUACGGUGAUCCAGCCUUAUUCAUUGCAGUUCCUUUUGUCUAACUGGUCAUCAUUGCAAAUGCACUGUAAAAGAUAAUGUGAAUAGAUUAUAUAAUAUUAAAACAAUCUUAAACAAGGUGGAAAAGGCUGGAAAAUGUAAAAAACAAAAAGAAAAGUGUAGUAUAGAGUUGCUUUGCAGUUGUAUUCCAAUAAGUUAUAGGUUCCAUGGUAUUAUCUGAUUUACACUGCCACCUCAAAUCAGAUUUCUUUCCCGCCAUGUGUGACCGAUCUUUAUCGUUGUCUAAGCAGAAUUUAUGUUUCUGUGUAGACAGCCGUUGAAAUGUCACAGCCCACUCUAUCAGUCUUGUGAUUGAAGGCGACUGGUCAGUUCACAGUUCAAAACGACCCGCAGCGCUGGACUAACAUCAGCACUCUUAAUCUGAAGGUGCUUUUUAUAUGGAAUUAUAAUUGUGCUUCAAUCCGGAUGGCAUGAUGGGGAACUUUGAGCACAUUAAAAACGUUUGUUUGCAAGAACAUGAAUUAUUUUUAUUAGAGAAAUUAUCAUCAAGUUUUUAAUUUAAAUUUAAAAUGGCUAUAAUUAAUAUUUUGUAUUAACACAUAAUUACUUUUAUGUGAACGAGGUUGCUCAUAGUGACAAACCUACAGAGAAUUAUCACCCGAAUACUGUUUAGUUAAUUGUUUUACUCUUUUUUUUAGACAGCAACUUUACUGUUUCGGUUGACUCUCACUGCUCAUAGCAUCGCUUUUUUUUGCUGCAACAGGCAGCUGUUUUCAGCAAAAUACCUCAGAUAAACCCACUGUCAAAGUUAGCAACUAGCUGGCGAGUAUUGUGGAACAUUUAGCAGCUAUAAAGUCAGAUUUUUCCUUCAGGAGUUGGUAGAAAGGUGGCCAGAAACAGGACUCCAAAUGAAUGCUAACUGCUAACAUGUUCACCAUAUCAACUUAAAGGAUGAUAUCGGUGUUGUGUUCACAGCUGGUUUCCGUUGCCAACAAGCGGCCAAUAAAUAUAUUAUAAUAACAUAAUAUAUAACAUAAUUUCAUAAAAUUGGGUAAAUGGACCCAAAAUGUUAUAAAGUAUACUUUAUGUGUGGCCGUGGUGUGUCUGCUUACCAUUCUACUACCUACUUACCAGAUAGGUGAGGUUUAUUAUUCUGCGUUUAUUGGGGCUGAACGGUUUUGAAAAAAUAUCUAAUUGCAAUUAUUUUGACUGAUAUUGCAAUUGCAAUAUAAUUUCUGAUAUUAGACGGAAUGAUCAUUUUUAUUAUCACAUAAGUUUCAUUGAACAUUCAAAUGAUUAUAGUGUGAUUUUUGCGGGGAUCUGUACCAAACAAAGAUGUUUUCUUAAGUCUGUAGAAUAUGAUGUAACAAUAUUUAAUUUAAAAUGGUAUUUUGACACACAUUUCACCUUUAACAAAUAUUGCUCCUCCUGCGUUUUGAAAAUUGCAGUCGGCCGUAUUGCGAAUUUGAUGCAAUUUAGAUUACUUGUGCAGCUCUAGCGCUUAUGUGGUUAAUAGAAGAAUAGAUU